UUUUUCUCUAUUUUAAAAGAACCUUAAUAUAUCCAUUUCUUGUUUAAAUUUGUAUUAAUACUAUAUGGAAAAGGCAAAGCAAGUGAUUGGUUCCUCCUCCUCUUCUUCAUCCUUCACCAAUGAGCUAUUUGGUCCCAAAGAGCCUUCAAACUCCACUCUCUUUGCUUCUGUUUUUGGUCCACCUUCCACGGGACUUAGAAGGGAUCCCAUUCACUCAGGGGAUAAUAGAGGUUCAUCAACAAUCCAAGAUCCAGGGAACCAGUAUGGCAAUAAUACAAAAUAUGGGACUUCAGAUAAUGGAUCUAAAAGAAAUCAGAAUGAAAAAGUAGAAGCUCCAUGUAAUUUAAGUUCAUCUAUUUACUAUGGUGGCCAAGAUGUUUAUCCUCCAACUAAUCAGAACACUGGCUCUCAGAAUAAUAUUGUAAAGAAAGAUGGUGAUGGUUCAAACUCUGCUUCAAGAGGAAAUUGGUGGCAGGGUACGUAAUAUAUAACGAUA